AUGACAUCAACAGAAAAUGUUCCAACACCAAAUAACGAUCCUGGAUCGUUUUCUUCAUUUCGUUCAACAAGUGAUCAUGAUACACCUAGUCAACAACAUCAAUUUGAUUCAACACCACCGAUACAUUCAUCUCAUCGUCAGAUUUCAAUUCAUUCUCAAAAUACAACAACACAAUCAUCAUCAUCAUCACCAACUGUUGUUCGAAAUCCUUCACCACCACUCAUUGAUAAUCUUAGUCGAGCUGAUAUGGUUGGUGAUGAAAUGUAUUCCAAAUCAUGGUUUUGUCAAGUCUUACUUAAACUAAUUCAAUAUGUUGCUCCACAACAAAUUCAUGAUGAAAUAUUUUCAACUAUUCGUCAACAAGGUGAUGAAUAUGUAUCAACCAAUUCACAUAAAAAACAAGAAUUAGAUGAAACAUUUGAAUCUGAAUUAUGUGAAUUAUGGGAUGUAAGCGUGAGUGCUGAUGUUGCACAUUUAUUAAUUGAAUUUAAUGCACUGGAUUUAUUUAAUGUUGUACUUAUUGAAUGUAAAGAUAAACGUUGUACUGAAAUUGUACUUGGAAUAUUAUCAAAUAUGGCUUGUUGUAAACGUAAUAUUGUGCAAGAUAAUCAAACAAUAAGUGUUGCUUUAUGUAUAAUACAACAUACAAAUCUUCUAUCAACAAUAUUAUCAAUAUUGACAAGUGAUGAUUAUUCAGAUUGUCCAACACUUGUACAAUUAUUUCGUUUAAUAUAUACAUUAAUUGUACGACAAGAUACACGUUCAUUAAUGUUAGAACAUAUACAAUUAACGUAUGAACCAUUAUGUUUUAUAUUGCAAUCAUGUUAUAAUAAAGAAUUACUUGAACAAUGUAGUUUUUUAUUACGUGUUUUAUUAGAUGAAUGUAAUUUAUUUGAUAAUAAUGAACAAACAGAAGUAUUUUAUUUAUUUUUAACAUCAAUAACAACAGCUAUAAGUGCAUUAAUUGAAAAUGAAACAAUAACAACAACAAAUAUAUUAGAAAAUUUAUUUAAUUGUUUACAAAUUUAUACAACACAUGAACAUUUUAUUGAUAUGUUAAAUGAACAUUGUCAAACAAUAAUGAAACUUAUUGAAAAUAUUCUUAAUCGUUUAGUACAUGAUGAUAUUGUACAAAUACGCAGUGUUUUAUUAUUAUCAUGUAUAUCAAUAUGUAAUUUUUUUCUUUAUAAACAUGGUUUAAAUAUAAUUAAUAAACAAUUAUUAGAAUAUUUUAUUAUUAUUGGACAUACAUGUUAUAAAGAUAGACAAAGACGUGAACAUCAAAAACAUAUGCAACGUAGACAAAGAUCAAGAACACAAUCUCAUUCAUCAAAUAAACGAAAAGAUGUCGAUGAUUUUGAUACAAAUGGAAAAACAGGUGAUGAUGACAGUUUAUUAAAAAGUCAAAAUUCAUUAACAAAUGUUGAUUGGGAUGAUGAAACAGAAUUUCAAUCAAUAACAAAAGUUGAUUUUGAUCGAUCAACUAGUGAAGAUUUAGCAACAACAUCAUAUACACUUGUUGACGAACUUUUUCUUGAACUUUUUUAUCGUGGUAUUAAACAAGAUUCAUCAAAAACAACUGAUAAUAAUACAUCUGUAUUUACACAAUUAAAUCAAGAUCAACGAGAAAUUUUUCGCAAAAUUAUUAAACAUUUUUGUAAUAUAGAUAAACGAUUAGAUGACAUGCUUGAUUUAUGA